UCAACCUCUCAAUUCCCCCAUCAUUAAUGGCUUCCAAAACCCUUUUCUUCAUGAUUUUCUUGAUUCUCCGCCUCACAAACACUCUCUCUCUCAAUCUACCCACCUCCACCAUUUCAGCUGCGCCCUCAUUGCUCCCCUUUCCCCCUUCAUCUUCGCCGCCGGCCUUAUCUCCCGACAUUACUCCGCUGUUUCCGUCGCCCGGCGGCUCUGAGCUUGCUCCAUCUGAUUCUUCACUCCCCACUAUCCCUUCAAGCCCCAGCCCUCCAAACCCGGACGAGAUUCUAGCUCCUGGUCCUCUAAUGGCGGCUCUUUCACCCUCUGGGUCAUUGCCAGUUUCACCCUCUGUUUCUCUUCAUGCACCGCUCAUCAUGGUUCUUGCUCUCAUGGCAUUACACUCUGCUCUAUAAAACCGCCUUCAAUCGUAUGUGAGUGGUGUACUCGGUUUCGGUAUUCAAUAUAUAGAUUAUAAUUGUAUCUGUAUAUUUUUCUUCUUUUCAAGUAUAUAUAGCUCUGCUUUGAUUUGUAAUUUUGUACCUACAAGAUUUGCUUUAGGAUUGUUUCUCAGUUUUUCAUAUGUGCAUUAGUUGGCCACUGAUGGUAUAUUAUGAUU